UAAGAUGCGCGCGCAACGAAACUCACUUAGCACGCUACACCAACCCAUUUCUUUCUUGCAUCCAUCCAACCCUUGACACUACCAGUCACGAAGAGUUCGUUGCAGGCAAAGGUACUGCAGGCAGACAGCCAGGAAGAAUGACUUGUUUACGUUACAAACUAAACUCUAACAGCUGAUUCUAAAAAAUGUGGGUAGACCUCAGUGCGCGGGAACGGCAAAAUUUCAUGACACAAGCUAAUGGAUCCUUUAUUCCUGGAUAUACUGGACACUGUCCGAUGCUGAAGUUUCGAUUCGGCAAAUGCUACGGAGACAACACUCGACAGAUCUUGAGGGAAAUACGAUCUAAGGGGCUAUUCAACAAGCCACUCGAGUACCGUCCCGGAGACAACUACGAGAUCGACGCGAUGCGCGCGCGCAGGCAACCCGCGCAGAGAGACGUGUACGAAGGCGUCUACAACCGAGACCCUGUGUACAUGACCGGGUACACGGGAUAUGUGCCCGGCAUGUGCUUCAGAUACGGAAAAUCCUACGGGCGUGCGGCGGACGACUGCAUGGCCGACUUCUCCUCGGGCCAACGCGAGUCGCGGCGCCGCGCGGACCUCAACAAGAGCUACACGCGAUCCCGCAGCGCGCCCAAGAUGGAGACCGUGCACACCCGGGACGAGAUCCGCAGGGACUUGCACAAGUUCCGCGAGAUUAAUAAGUAUAAAGAAAACACUAUAUCUCCAGAGUUCCCGCCAAUAGCCGGCUACACCGGCCACAUACCGAGGAUCAAGGGGACGGAAGCGUCUCUGAGCCAGCGCUAUCACUGCGCAGCUAAACGAGGCCUAGAACUCAUACGAAUGGAGAAAGACAAGCGGAGAGAGCUGCAAUAUGCCGAUACUAACAUAAGGGCAAUAUUGAAGAACGAUAAGAAGCAUUCGUAUUGGAACUGGGGAUAGCACACGGCAAGGAAGAUGUUCUUCGGAAAAUGCCGGUGAAACGUCUUCCAUUUACAUGUUGUGUUCAAAGCCAACAUGAGAGCAACUCGGAACAUUAUUUUAUUAUGUUUGUGCGAUGAGUGAGGAAGAAUUAAUAUUUAAUAUUGAUGAUAUUGUGGCGCACCCGAAAUAAUUGCAAUGUAAAUCUACUUUAGUGUCACGGACGAAAUAGUUUGUUAAAUGACACCACUUUUCUAUCAGAAGAUCUUCGUGAGUCAAGUAAUAAAACUGAUAAAUCUAUAAA